AUGUCUUCCACAUCUUCCGUACGCGAUUUCCCCAAGAUCAAAGCCGUCCGAUCAUACGUGAUCAGCGGCGUCGGCUCAGGCGGCAAACCACUUACACCCCAUAAACGCACCUCUAGGCUCAUCGACUCCCCCAUCUCCACACCCUGCUCGAGGUGGGAAGAAUACAAGCACUCAAGGACAAGCUGGGGUAUCAACGUGCUGGGCUCGUUCUUCAUCGAGAUCGAAGCUACCGAUGGCACCCACUUUGAGCGCUUCCUCAUCGGCGCCGAUCCCCGAAACACCAACCACCUGUUCGAGCAAAUGUACCGAGCGUCCAUGUUCUACGGCCGCAAGGGCCUCCCCGUCGCCGUCAUCUCCGUCAUCGACCUCGCCAUCUGGGAUCUCUUGGGCAUGAUCCGCAACGAGCCCGUGUACAAGAUGAUUGGUGGCGCGACGAAAGAGCGCCUCAACUUUUACUGCACCGGACCGGACCCGGUCGCUGCCCGGGACAUGGGAUUCUGGGGCGCCAAGGUACCGCUGCCCUACUGCCCGGAUGACGGCCACGAGGGACUGAGGAAGAACGUUGAAUUCCUACGGAAACACCGCGAGUCUGUCGGGCCCGAUUUCCCCAUCAUGGUCGACUGCUAUAUGAGCCUCAACGUCUCCUACACCAUCGAGAUCGUCAAGGCUUGUCUCGAUCUCAACAUCAACUGGUGGGAGGAGUGCCUGUCCCCCGACGACACGGACGGUUUCGAGCAGAUCAAGCGCGCCCACCCCACAAUGAAGUUCACGACCGGCGAGCACGAGUACUCGCGAUUCGGUUUCCGAAAGCUCAUCGAGGGCCGCAACCUCGACAUCAUCCAGCCGGACGUCAUGUGGCUCGGCGGCCUCACCGAACUCCUUCGCGUGUCCGCCAUGGCGGCGGCGUACGAUAUCCCCGUCGUCCCCCACGCCAGCGGACCCUACAGCUACCACUUUGUCAUCUCGCAGCCCAACACCCCCUUCCAAGAGUACCUCGCCAACUCUGCCGACGGCAAGGGCGUCUUGCCCGUCUUUGGCGACCUGUUCCUCGACGAACCCAUCCCUACCAAGGGAUUCCUGACAACGGCCGACCUCGAUAAGCCCGGGUUCGCUCAUCCCUUCCAACUACCUCUUGACCCCACCCCCGUCAACGCCCUCACGCCCCCGGUUGUCGAGCCCGAGGUGGAAAAGGGAGCAGAGGAUGCCGCUGCCGCCAACGCCGACGACAGCGCGGUGAGUGAGCUGACGACCAAGGUCCAGAACUUGCUGGCUCACGGGACAAACGGAACCAACGGAACAAAUGGAACAAAUGAAACCACGGAACAGAGCGAAGCGACCGAGGCGAAUGGGACGAAUGGACAGGUUGACGGCGUUACCGGCGUUGUUGCUGCUACGGAGCUUGCAUAG